CUUGUGGUCUGUCGUCUGCUCUUUGUUACGGUUGCUGUCCAAGCUCAGUUGCUCAAGCUUUUGACGAGGCUAAACGCAUUUGUAAACUUUAUUCAGGAUUCUUGUCAACUCUUCCCAUACUUUAAUGGAUUUUUUGUGUCAAGUACUGACAAAAUGGCAUUUCUGGUGAACCGAUGUGCCAGCCGAUUGUCAAGAAUAUUGCAACCUCGUUCCUGCGCUUCAUUUAUGUCAACUGAGAGAGAGCCUGUCCCUGAAAAGAAGAAAAAGAAGCCUCCUGAAGUGCGAGUCAAUCUUAUUGAGAACAAGAACUUAACAGUAAUGAGUUUAGAAAGUGCAAACAAGCUUGCGAAUCAUAAGGGUGUUCAACUUGCUCUGGUGGAAGAACCAGCUCAUUGGAUGCUUGUCGGGAACAGACAAGCUUAUGAGCUAUUAUCUCCUGGAAGUAAGGUCGCAUCAAAGAAAGAAGACGACAUGAAGGCUCUAGGCUUUAAAGGACUGAAAAAAGCAAUAUUUAGUACAAAUAUACAGGACAAUGAUGUUCAAACUAAACUGAAGCAAAUCAGCAAGUGGGUGUCUGCUGGCUAUGUGGUUGAUAUCGCUUUAGACAAAUCAGAAAAAUCUGAAGAUAUCCGUGCUAAACUAGAAGAGGCCAUCAAAGAUACUGCAAAGCUGCCUGGGUCUGUGAAAAGGAAUUCAAAUACACUCCUGAGGGUUCAAUAUCAACCUAUUGAGACUGUUAAAUCAAAAAAAGAUGUGAAAAAGGAAACCAGCCAAUAAGUUGUUAAACUGUUAAAGUCUUGUGGUUCUUAUUUCUGGAAGUAUGGUGUUGUUGAGAAAUUCAUUUCUACUUUGAUGCUUAUGAAAGGGUGGCUCUCCCUGCAGGUCGUUUACUGAAAAGGGCCAUCACCGUUUUUUUUUUUUUUAAUUAAUGUUAUGUUUUAUCAUUCUAAGUCUCAUCAGCAAAUGAUUCUUUUUUUGGGUGUGAUUUUUGGUUUAGCAAGUCGGACAAAGGAAAAAAGGCAAUAAAGAAUCAACUAUUCUCUUA